AGCCUAUAUUUGAAUUAAUUUUACCUGAAUCUCUCUGUACAUUUGUUUAUGGAUUUCUGUAAAGAUGUCAGAGACAAGGACAGCAACAAAGGCAGAGGCAUCAGAGCAGAAGGCAACAGAGGCGCGGCCACAAUAACUUAAUAAGAGCAGCAGACUCACUCAGUACUCGAGAGAGAGAGAGAGAUAAAAAGAAAGAGAAGAAAGGUGAGGAGGUGGCAGUAAUAUCAUUCAUCAUAGCCGUUAGUUUUAUCCAUGCACAGAAGAAGAUUCUGCAACCAAUGGACUCUGCAAAAAACCCCUAAAAACUAUCAACCCAACAGCAACGACAACAAGACUCUCUUAAUUUGUUACAUCUUUCAUCAUAGUCAGCUAGUUCUUGGUCUUUAAGCUAAAGCCCUUCUUUUUCUUCACCUUUUUUCAGUUUCAAACAUGUUCGCCACUGGUGCAACUAGUGCAAGAGAUAUUAGGUCUCCUUUUACUCCAACUCAAAGGCAAGAACUUGAACUCCAAGCUCUCAUAUUCAAAUACAUGGUCUCAGGAGUCCCUAUUCCCCCUGAACUCAUCUACUCGGUUAAAAGAAGCCUAGAUUCUUCAAUGGCCGCAAGACUCUUUCCUCCUCAACAGAUCGGGUGGGGUUAUUUUCAGGUGGGUUUUGGCAGAAAGGCAGACCCAGAACCUGGAAGGUGCAGAAGAACAGAUGGGAAAAAAUGGAGGUGUUCAAAAGAAGCUUACCCAGACUCAAAGUACUGUGAGAGGCACAUGCAUAGAGGCAGAAACCGUUCAAGAAAGCCUGUGGAAGCUACUUCAUCAGCACCGCCAACACCAACACCAACACCGACGAUAAAUCCUUCUCCAUCAAUUUCAUCACUCAAUAGAAGCAACAUCUCCAUCAACUCUUCACCAACUUCUUUUCCACCUAUAUCUUCUGAACUCUAUUCUCAUCAUGAUCCAACUCAAAAGACUUCCACCACUCUUCUCAAUCCUUUUCUUUAUAAUCCUCAAACUUCCUCUUCAAGAACUGUUGCUGGCUCUUCUGCCUCGUCGCCUCAUGAUAACAUUACUACUACUCAUCAUUUUUUCUUUGAAUCUGGAACCUGUUCUCAAGCUGACAAAGAUUACAGGUUUUUUCAUGAAAUAAGAGAGACUGUUGAUGAGAGAGCUUUUUUCCCAGAAGCUUCAGGGACUGUUAGAACCUUACAUGAUUCAUGUCACCCUUUGACAAUGGAAGGUUCAUUCAAACCGUACUCUGAUCAGUCUCAGUUUCAGUCAUUUUCUCAAGAAAACUCAAAACAACAACAGGAGCAGCUUUGUUUUGUUUUGGGUACUGAUUUCAAAUCAACAAGAACAAUGAAUCAUGAAAAAGAAGAUGAAAUACAGAAGCCAUUACACCACUUCUUUGGCGGUGAGUGGCCACCAAAGAGCCCAGACUCUUGGCUCGAUCUCUCUUCCAAUUCCAGACUUCGAACUGAUAGUUGAUGAUGAGGUGAGGUCUCAAAAUAAUGGACAAUUAUUCCAAGUCCAAAAGAGUACUCUUAGCUGGUGGGUCACAGCCUUUCUUGUCGAAAUUGUGGCUAGGAGAGCUUUGGUUUGCUUAAAAGUGAUGAACAAUAAUGGAGGGCCACAUGAAGCUCAAUAUACUAAAUCUAUCUUUUGCUUUCUUUCUUGAUACUUCAAUUUCUCUCUUAUUCCCCUAUAAGAGAACAUGCUUGGGAUUUGUAAAACUUUUACGUGUUUGAGUAGAAGCAUCUUUCAUA